AUGGUAGAACAGCUUAAUUCAAUUAAAUUAGAAACAGAUUCUUGUCAACGACAUCAAAAUUUCAAUGAAAAUGAUAUUGAUCAACUUAAUCGAAAGAUCAAUAGACUACAAGAAAAGUAUAAACAAUUGAUUGGAAAAGACAGGUCCAUAAAUACAUUUGUUCCUACUAAUUGCAUUCUUUUAGACGAAGAAAAAUCAUCAGAAUCUGAAUCAACUUCAGCUGUACCUAAAUCGAAACCGGCAUCGUCCAUCGAGUCAUCGAUACUCGAUAAAAACCAUUCGCAAAACCUAGAUCACCGCGGUAGUUAUCGACCCGGUAUUGAUCGUUUCAAUCAACCUUACAAUGAUGCAAAUUCUUCUUCUCAUCCAUCUCCACGUUCAUCCGUUCGAAUACGAAGAAGUAACUCAUUGGCUAUACCACAAAGAGGACGAAGCAAUCUAGAUCCAACUGAAGAAGAAAAUACGGAAAUGUAUGAAGAUCUUAUUCAUGGAAUAAAACCCGGUGAAAUAAUAGAAAAAGGCAUAGAGAUCGAUUCUAUUAUUAGUAGAUUGUGUCGACCACCACUUCUUAAACCUAUGGAAGAGAUGCAUGACAAAGACUUUAUUUCUAUAAUUAAACCAUGGAAAUAUGAUGAAACUCGACCUGAUAUCAAACCGACACCUAUGAAAGAUCUAUAUGGUGAUUAUGAUUAUUGGAACGAAGAUUGUGUUCUUAUGCCUUACUCAAAAUAUUAUCAAAAUGUUAAUAAACAACCCAUGUGGUCCACUAUUAUUAAACAUUUAGUUUCUUUCUGCAGCAAAUGCGCAACUCGUACGGCCAAAUUCAAAGAUUUAAAAGCACCACCUUUAUUGAAAAUUGGAACAAAUCAUUCAUUUACUAUGUCACAAGAACAAGCUGCAGCAUUAUUGGCUUGUGCAUUUUUCUGUUUAUUUCCAUAUCGUUCUAAUUCAUCAUCAAAAAAAGAAUAUGAAAGUUUUCCCAAUCCAAAUUUUGGAAAAUUAUAUCGAGAAGGACCUCCAAAUAAAAUGGAAAAACUCAGAUGUCUUUUACAUUAUUUUAAUCGUGUCACAAAAAAAAUGCCAAAUGGUGUUAUAACUUUUCAGCGUGUUUCAUUACCCCAAGCUCGUUUCCCACGAUGGAAUGAACUGAAUACGGAACUCUGUGACUUGAACAUGACAACAGGCAGAAAAAUUGAAGAGAUCAAGAACGUAUUACAAGUCGAUUUUGCCAAUAAAUAUAUUGGAGGUGGCGUUUUAGGUGGUGGCUGUGUACAAGAAGAAAUUCGUUUCACUAUCUGUCCUGAAAUGAUAGUUAGUUUACUUGUUUGUGAGAUGAUGCAGACAAAUGAAUGUAUCUUUCUUAUUGGCUGUGAACAAUAUUCAAAGUACAAAGGCUAUGAUAAUUCAUUUCAGUACGCUGGAGAUUUUCAAGAUGAUACGACUAGAGAUGGUUGGGGUCGGAGAUGGUGUCAUGCCGUAGCUAUAGACGCAAUUUAUUUCCGUGAACCAUCAGAACAAUACGAUAUGAAAAUCGUGGAGCGUGAAUUACUGAAAGCAUAUACAGGUUUUCGCCCAAUGGGUCAAGGACCCGAAUAUGAAUUCGGUAUUGCUACUGGAAACUGGGGUUGUGGAGCUUUUAAUGGCGAUAGACAAAUGAAAGCGAUUAUUCAACUGAUGGCUGCUUCUGUCGCUAAACGUCCAUUGAUAUACGCAGCCUAUGGCGAUAAAAAUUUUACAGGUCGUAUUCGAAUGAAAUAUGAAACUCUCCGCGCAAAACUUACUGAAUGGAAACUUCAUAAGAAAAUAAUAUUUCUAUUUCCUCUUGUUCUUCAAGUUUUAGGAAAAUAG